AUUUUGGUCCAGUCUUUACACACAGUCUUCGCCGCGUGGUUCUAGCCUUGCAGUGGUCCGAUUUUGAGUUGUGUUCAAAUAAUGAGGGAAAUCGUACAUUUACAAGCUGGACAAUGUGGAAACCAGAUUGGUGCCAAGUUCUGGGAGAUAAUUUCUGAUGAGCACGGGAUUGAUCCCAGCGGCAUCUAUCACGGAGACAAUGAGCUUCAACUGGAGAGAAUAGACGUCUACUACAAUGAGGCUGCUAGGGGGAAGUACGUUCCCAGAGCGAUCCUGGUGGAUCUUGAGCCUGGUACCAUGGACUCUGUCAGGUCGGGACCGUUCGGACUUCUAUUCCGCCCAGACAACUAUGUGUUUGGCCAAAGCGGCGCUGGCAACAACUGGGCCAAAGGACACUACACGGAGGGAGCAGAGCUAGUAGACUCUGUGCUGGACGUGUUACGACGAGAAGCAGAGAACUGUGACUGUCUCCAGGGGUUCCAGCUGGCCCAUUCCCUGGGCGGAGGCACAGGCUCCGGAAUGGGAACACUUCUUAUUUCCAAGAUCAGAGAGGAAUACCCAGACCGCAUCAUGAACACAUUCAGUGUUGUCCCCUCUCCGAAGGUGUCAGAUACAGUGGUUGAGCCAUACAACGCAACUCUCUCAGUGCAUCAACUCGUAGAGAACACUGAUGAAACAUUCUGCAUCGACAAUGAAGCUCUCUAUGACAUUUGCUUCCGCACGUUGAAGUUGACCUCGCCGACUUACGGCGAUCUCAAUCACCUAGUUUCGGUGACCAUGUCUGGCGUCACCACAUGCCUGAGGUUCCCCGGGCAGCUCAACGCAGAUCUCCGUAAGCUAGCAGUUAACAUGGUUCCAUUCCCACGACUCCACUUCUUCAUGCCAGGGUUCGCUCCUCUCACGGCCAGAGGCAGUCAAUCAUAUCGGGCCUUGUCAGUGCCAGAGCUCACUCAGCAGAUGUUUGAUGCCAAGAACAUGAUGGCAGCGUGUGAUCCCAGGCAUGGAAGGUAUCUCACAGUGGCAGCCAUCUUCCGAGGCAUGAUGUCCAUGAAAGAAGUGGAUGAACAGAUGCUUAAUGUGCAGAACAAGAACUCAGGAUACUUUGUUGAAUGGAUUCCGAAUAAUGUCAAAGUAGCAGUAUGCGACAUUCCACCAAGAGGGCUCAAAAUGUCUGCAACUUUCAUCGGAAAUACAACAGCAAUACAAGAAAUUUUCAAGCGUAUUUCGGAGCAGUUCACAGCCAUGUUUCGACGAAAGGCUUUCUUGCACUGGUACACUGGAGAGGGCAUGGACGAAAUGGAAUUCACAGAGGCCGAGUCCAACAUGAACGAUCUGGUCUCAGAGUACCAGCAAUAUCAGGAAGCAACAGCAGACGACGAUGUUGAAUUCGAUGAAGAGGAAGGGGAAGUAGCGGCAGAAGAGACUGAAUAAAAUUAUAAUUAUGAAUUUAUUUUUAACGUCACGAUGUAAUAAAACAUUUUCUUACACAUGGA